CGCAUGCGCGCUGGAGGUUGUACGGCGGGUGGCGCCGUGUGUGUGGGGAAGGACCAAGAUGGCGGCGCCCGGUGGUGGCCUGGAGGCGGAGGAGGCGGCGGCCGGCCCGGCUUUAGGGAGGCUGGAAGAGGAGGCGCGACGGCGGCGGGAGAGGUUGAGGGCCCUGCGGCAGCGCACGCUUCAGAAUAAAGACGGCGGCGAACGGGAGAGCAAGCAGUUCAGAGAGGAUGAGGAAGAGGAGACCGUCAAGCACAAGGAGCUCAAACUGCGGAACUACGAGCCCGAAGAUGAGGAGCUGAAGAAGAGGAAGGUGCCCCAGGCCAAGCCGGCUUCAGUGGAAGACAAGGUGAAGGACCAGCUGGAGGCUGCCAAGCCGGAGCCCAUCAUCGACGAGGUGGAUCUGUCAAACCUGGCCCCGAGGAAGCCAGACUGGGAUUUGAAGCGAGAUGUAGCCAAGAAACUGGAGAAGCUGGAGAAGAGGACGCAGAGAGCCAUCGCUGAAUUGAUACGAGAGCGGUUGAAAGGGCAGGAGGAGGAGCUGGCGUCCGCUGUGGGGUCAGCAAAGCAGGAGGGAAGCGACUCCGACUGAGGAGGUCCAUCCGGCAGACUCUUGGUGGGCUCUGCGGAUCUGCCCAUCCCGUUGCUCUCAGGUGGAGGCAUCUCAUCGGGCCAUGCCGCUCACCAAGGCUUUGCCAGAAGCCCAUGAAUCCUACCACGCCUGAUGGAAGGGGGCAGAUCCAAGCAGCCCUGCUGUCCUCUCUCGGACUGUGGCUGUUCCUCCAUUGAGGAACGCUUCACAGAUAGCUUUUUGGGACCACGGGGAGCUGAUGGGAGCAGGAUAGAACACCCACGUUAGCUUGAACCGGGGCUGCCAGGACUUGGAGCAAGGAAGGUGUGGGCAAAAUGGCUUGUGCCAGAGAAGGUAAAUCCAGGCUAACUCUCCUCUCGCUUGCUGGGUGAGCAAGAAGAUGCCCACGCAUUCUCCAGCAGGUCUUGGAGAGGCACUGCCAUUUCGCAGGGGACCGAUACUCCUGUUCCUGCCCAGAGAUGCCUUUUUCAAGGUGCUUCUUUCUGCAGAAGAGCUCGUUUAACUGCCCCGUGGCGAACAACGAGGUCUUUCGCUCUGGAGAGCUGGCUGUGAGUAUUUGGAAACAUCCAUGGUCAGGUCCAACAUGUGCAGAAUAACUCUGCUGGAAGGCUCCAGAACCUGUUGGCUGCUCUGCAUCCAGUUGAGGUUAAGUGGGGUUUGUUCUGUUCCCGGAAAUUUCCUGGCCCUCCAGGCUUUGCAGCUCCUCCGUGUGUUUUAUAAUUGACAAAGCUUGUCGUUAACCGAUCUUUUCGUAAUAAACCAGUCCCACAGCGGAAGGAGUUGUCACUUGUUCUGCAUAGGGAUGGGUGGAGGCAGCUCAUUUCAUCUCCCUGAUGUCUGUGGGGACUUCAGCCCGCUGUCUGCUGGUCCCCGUCCCCUUCGUUUCCCCGGGAUGGGGAGCAGCGGGCUUUAGUUCCUCUUAAGUUUGAGGUGGCCGAGCUACAGCAGGUCAAGCACAACUCCUGGACCCAGCAGCCUGGGGUGACGCCAACCCCAUGCUGCUGGAAGAAGCGAGGGGGCGGGAUGCGACAGAGCUGACCCUGGCUCUUCCCUGGGAUCUUCUCGAGGUCUUGGAGAUCUUGCAGGAUGGGUGUCUUGGGGCCAGGCUUGAUUGCACGGGCUCCUGAAUCCUCUGCGUUGGAUUUGAUAGUGUUUUUGUCCCGAGGUAAAACAUCUGGUGCGUAUGGCUUUGCCAGCGGUAUUUACAGAAGACUUCACCUGUGAUUAAAAAUAACUGUUCCUGUUAACGCACGCAUCCUGCUGCUUUUAAAAGCCCGUUGAAAAGAGCUGCUGGUGGCAGGGGGAGAGGUCCUUCAUGCGGCAGCAGCCUGUCUUGGAGGGGGGUGGCAUUUCUGCCCUCUUGCCUGCCGGAGUCUCAGAUUGUCACCAGCUAGACCAGGUCCCCACGCAGGACAGGAUUGGCCCCAUCCAUGCUAAGUACAGGCUGAUGGACGCUUGUCCCUCUGCCAAGAUCUGCUGUGACUGCCCUGCUUGUGUGUGGUAAGGACAUCUGAGGAGGGGCUUUCCACCUGCGAGAACGCCAUCCCUGCUUCCAGAUCCGGAGCUUGGAGCAAAGAUCUGGUCAAACACCUUCUCGUUCCUCCAUUCUUCUUGACGUUUGCAGCCAUCCCUGCUCUGUCCUCCCUUCGGGCUGAUGCUUGUCACCCCUUGGAGGGGCCUUCCCCCAGGCACACGGGGCCAACAAGGAGAAAGACAUCCCAUGGAGCAAGGGGAGACCUGUACCGGGGCCAGCGAGUGUCCAGCGCUGUGCUCCAACGUUGGUGCAUGGUUGUGGACUCCCUCUGGGCUCUCUAGGGGAAAAGCCCCUGGGGUGAAAGCUCAGCCCCCUUCUUAGGGGUCAUUUUAGGGCUAUUUUUAUUGUUUUGCCCUAUUUUUCCUUGGGUAGGAGGCAGCCGAGUGCCCCUCACCCUUAUUGUCCUUGAGUCGGGCUGCUUCUGGUCAAGAAAACCAAGAUCUGUCACCAAGUGUGAAGGUGGCAGCCAGGCACCCCAUGCUGCAGGGGUAGGUGGGCGCUACUUGUCAUGGGUGCUCUUGGUGGCCAUCGGUAGCGCUGCCCUGUGGGUCCAGCGUGGAAAAUGAGGGUGGAUCUGCUGCUCGGGGACAUCCCCGGCACCGGGCAGAGCACGUGGUGAUGUUUCAAGGGUGCUUAAAAACAGAAAGGACCCCCUGACUCAUGACAGCGAUGGCUUCGCCACCAACGUGGAGCUGCCAAUGACGGAGAUGAGUGUUCAGGUCCACCACACGGGUGUAUUUGUGGCUAGUUAUUAAUGACCUGGCCUGGCAGACACCUUCCUUGGGAAGGAAACUGGGGAGCGUGAAGAUAGAAUGAUAGGAUCAUCUAGGUUGUAACAGACCUUUCAGAUCAUCGAGUCCAACCCUCAACCUAACUCUGACAAAAACCACCACUACCCCACGUCCCUCAGCACCGCGUCUGCCCGGCUUUUAAAUCCCUCCGGGGAUGGCGACUCCACCACUGCCCGGGGCAGCGUAUUCCAAGGCUUGACAACCCUUUCCGGGAAGAAAUUUUUCCCAAUUUCCAUCCUAAACCUCCCCUGGCGCAACUUGAGGCUGUUUCCUCCUGUCCUAUCGCCUAUUCCUUGGGAGAAGAGACCGACCCCACUUCGGGUAAGAUGCGUCCCCUGUGGAGCCACGGCCUCCAUGAAACGCCCUGUAGAUGUCAGCAAAUCUCCGUGCACAAAACCCCACCGCAUCCAGCCCGUCCCAGCAGCUGGGCUCUCUGCAAAGCCAAGAUUUGCUCCGGCUGGGAUGGCACCGCGCUCCUCCAACCCCCGGCCGUGUGGUACCCGUGCUGCCCUCCCCUCCCUGGCCGGAGCCGGACCAAUGGUCUCUGCUUUGUGAUGUGUGUCAAAUAUAAAUAUGAAGACACCGUGUGGGGGACCGUCCUCGGCUUCGCAACAGUGAAGUGUUUUCCCUCGUUGACUUAAAGGGACGUAAAUUGGACGGGGCUUUGAGCAACCUGGUCUAGUGGGAGGUGUCCCUGCCCAGGGCAGGGUGGUGGAACUGGGUGGUCUUUCAGGUCCCUUCCAACCCAAACCAUUUGGUUGAUUCUAUGAGUCCCUCCCGCCUCUAAAGGACGAGGGGGAACAGUUUUAAACUGGAAGAGGGGAGACUGAGAUGAGAUGUGAGGAAGAAAUUCUUGGCUGUGAGGGUGGUGAGCCCCUGGGCCAGGUUGCCCCGAGAAGCUGUGGCUGCCCCAUCCCUGGAGGCGUUCAAGGGCAGGUUGGACGGGGCUUGGAGCAACGUGGUGUGGUGGGAGGUGUCCCUGCCCAGGGCAGGGGGUGGCACUGGGUGGGCUUUAAGGUUCCUUCCAACCCAAACCAUGCUAUGAUAGGGGCAUGAUAAGGACCAGAAGCCCUCAACACUAGUCCCAUUUGAGCCCUGACAUCCUUUCCUCUCUGGCAUGGCCAGCACCUCCCACCAAAGAUUUCCCAUUGCCCCCCCACCCCGAAAAAAAUAUUUAAACAAUUAAAAACUCCUUUACUCACACAAGGCAAAGUUCUCGAAAGAAUCAUUUUCACUCUCUCAGCUCU